CUUGCACUUCUUUUGUUCCGUGGAACUAUAUAAGCACUCAGACUCAGGUUUGCCUCUUGUGAGCACACACGCACGCCCUGAUCGAUUGCCCUGCUGUUGGACCAAAGAUGGGUCUUAACUUCAGUGUCCUCAACAAAUUCGGAGUCCCAGGGCUGAGCGCGGCAACUACCAAGCAAGUUUAUGAACGGCAUUUCGCCAACAAGGACACUAAGGAGUUUAAAGAUUUCCAUAUUGCUUACGUCGAGUUCUGCAAGUUUUUCAACACAGUAAUGCCCGGUCAGGAUUUCGACACCCCAUCAACUACGGAGAUUCAGAAAUUUUUUGACAACGUGUGGAAGCCGGAGAAGAACGAGGAAGAGAGGAAGAGACUGUUUCUGGAGUUCAUGAAGAAGGAGGUCAAGGAAACGAAGGUGGUGGACGACAGCUUCUUCGUCGCGGCGGGGCUGGCGGUGCCGGUGGCGGCCGUCGUGGGCAAGAGGGCCAGCGGGCACAUCCCCUACGUGAAGAGCGUGAGGCUGGACCUGGUCCCCAACGUCGUGUUCGUGCCGUUCGUGACGCUGCUGGGCAUCGUCGGCGCCACCGCGUGGCAGAUGGGCAACAAGAGCGCCGCCGCCAAAGAGGAGGAGAAGAAGACCAGUAAACAGCGCGCGGCGGAGGAGCAGAAGGAUGUAAACCAGGCGCCUUAGACUUGUUUAUCUAUAUGUCCUUAUAUAUGAUCUCUUGACUGAUGAAUGCGCUUGAAAAUAACAUGCAUGCAUGAUCAUCACCCAAGGGAUUUAUUUAUUGUUCGAUGAAGCAUGCAUUUUAUUGUGCACAGCGGCACAAAUAAUCGAUCUAUCUCCUCAUGGGUGCAAAAUGUAAAGUUGGGCGUUAAUUAUGCAUAUUUUAUGUUCCUUCUUGUGUCUGUCGUUCUUAACACGAGUGUUUUGAGCGACAUGCAAGUUGUGGCAAAAGCUGACAAGUUAUUACGGGUUGAA